GUGAAGGUGGGGCAGAAACUCUUCCAAAAUUUAGAGCUCAAUCAACACUCAAGGGUUUGCUACUCGUACUUGUUGAUAUAUUUCCCUUCCCCUCUGCAAAAUCUCACUCACAGAUUCGCGUGAGCUGACACAAAAUGGGCGGCCAGAAAACAGCUAUCCUGUCUGUAUAUGACAAGACAGGUCUCCUGGACCUGGCAAAGGGCCUCCAUGACCAAGGUGUCAGGCUUCUGGCCUCCGGCGGUACUGCGAAGAUGAUCCGACAAGCCAAUUUUCCUGUCGAGGAUGUGUCAGCCAUUACGAAAGCUCCUGAAAUGCUUGGUGGACGAGUGAAGACCCUCCACCCAGCCGUGCACGGCGGUAUCCUCGCAAGAGACCUAGAAUCGGACGAGUCGGACCUUUCCUCAAACAGCAUCGAUAAGAUCGACUUUGUUGUGUGCAACCUGUAUCCUUUCUCCGAGACGGUUGCCCGUAUCAACGUUACUAUACCCGAGGCUGUGGAGGAGAUUGAUAUUGGCGGGGUGACGCUCCUACGCGCUGCGGCGAAGAACCACGCUCGUGUUACUAUCAUCAGCGACCCCAAGGACUACCAUGAUUUUCUUACUGAGUUGAAGAAGGAUGGUGAGGUAUCGGAGACGAGCAGGCAGAAGUAUGCGCUCAAGGCGUUCGAACAGACUGCAGCUUAUGAUAACGCCAUCUCUGGCUUCUUCCGCAAGAAGUACGCAGGCAAUGGGGAGCAGCAGUUGCCUCUGCGAUAUGGCGCCAACCCCCAUCAGAAGCCGGCGACCGUCUUCAUACAAGAGAAGAACCUGCCCUUCAAAGUCCUCUGCGGUGCGCCGGGAUAUAUCAAUCUGCUCGAUGCCCUUAAUGCUUGGCCCUUGGUCCAGGAGCUUAGUAAAGCUCUGAACUAUCCGGCUGCUGCCAGCUUCAAACAUGUCUCUCCGGCAGGCGCCGCUAUUGGUGUUCCUCUCAGCGAAGAGGAACGCAAGGUGUAUAUGGUUGAUGACAUUGAGGGCAUUGAAAGUUCUGGCCUCGCCCAAGCGUAUGCCCGGGCACGCGGUGCGGACCGCAUGUCCAGCUUUGGCGACAUGAUCGCUCUCUCAGAAGAAGUAGACGUGCCCACGGCGAAGAUCAUCAGCCGAGAAGUGUCUGACGGUGUCAUCGCACCGGGCUAUUCCGAGGAGGCCUUGAAGAUCCUCCAACAGAAGAAGGGCGGGAAGUAUCUGGUUCUGCAGAUUGAUCCGGAAUAUGUACCGGGGCCCGAGGAGACAAGGACAGUUUUCGGCAUCACGCUACAACAACAUCGCAAUGAUGCCAAGAUUGUGCCUUCUGAGACCUUCAAUACCAUUAUGGUACCUAAGGGCUCAGGUCCGCUUCCCGAAUCCGCGCUCCGUGAUUUGACAGUGGCAACGAUCGCGCUCAAAUACACUCAGUCAAACAGCGUAUGCUAUGCGCUCAACGGCCAGGUUAUCGGUCUGGGUGCGGGUCAGCAAUCGCGUAUUCACUGCACUCGUCUUGCAGGCGACAAGGCCGACAACUGGUGGAUGCGCUUCCACGAGCGUACGCUCAACCUCAAGUGGAAGAAGGGCACCAAGCGCCCGUCCAAGUCCAACGCCAUCGACCUCCUCUGCAGUGGCCUGGUCCCUGACUCCGGCAUUGAGCGCGAGGAUUUCGAAUCGCAUUUCGAAGAGGGCCACGUGCCCCAGGUCUUCACGCCUGAGGAGCGCAAGGCCUGGCUUGCGAAAUUGGAGGGUGUGGCUGUCAGCUCAGACGCCUUCUUCCCCUUCAUUGAUAACGUCUUCCGUGCUGCGCGGAGCGGAGCCAAGUAUAUUGCCGCGCCAACGGGUAGUCAGAACGAUUCGGCCGUGUUUGAGACUGCGGAGAAGCUGGGGAUUACGUUCGUGGAGCAGCAUAUCAGGUUGUUCCAUCAUUAGAUUCUGGGAGUGGGAGCAUUGUUUACCGGCCUCCCGUAUGAGGAGGACUUAAAGUCAUGGAUAUUGCAUUAGGAUUCUGGUGUCAUUUGGUGGUUUAUACCAAAAGCGGUCUCUCGGGGAGAGCGGGUUAUAGAGAUGUAUGGAAGCCAUUCAACAUUCCGGUUUUCUGCCCAGAAAAUACUAUCAUGAACAAGAGCGGGUGGUGCGUAUUAGGCGUGAGUAGUUGCGC